CACCAAUAAUAUGUUGAUCUGUGAAAUAAUUCUGUACUGUGAAUAAUCAAAUUGCUGUUUAGAAUUUGUUAUAAAUUCUUUAUAUUUAUUUAUUGAAACAUCCACAUUCUUCUAUUUUCUAAAAAUUAGAAAGUAUCUUACGUAAAUUUUGUAAUUCAUGAAUAUGGAAAACGCAGAAGAAAUUUUUCAUUUCCUAGAAGAGUUCUCAAAACGCAAAUCGAAAAAUAUACCCCAAGAACUAAACGACUAUUUGGCUUACGUUGCACGUACCGGCGAUCCUGUCUACCAGUGGUCUCUUGUCAAGUGCUUAUUUAAAGAAAAAUUGUUAAAUGCGAUUACAGAUUUCUACGACACUGCACCAGGUCUCGAUAUACCGCCUUACCCAAACGUGGACCCUUUCAACUAUGACACCAUGAAAAAUAGCCUAUUAGAACGUUUGGAUUCCUUUUCUUCAGCACCUUUCACCGUGCAAAGGAUUUCCGAGCUUCUUACUUGCCCCCGUAAGCAAUAUAAUAGAGUUGAUAAAUUUAUGAGAGCUAUAGAGAAAAACAUUUUAGUAGUGAGCACUAGAGAACCAGGCAUACAACGUCAUGUUGACCCAGAUAAUGUGGAGCCUAUGGAACCUAUAGUGAAUGGUUCAGAUAACAACUCGGAAUGCAAUGUUGAUGUUGAAAUGGAAGAUAUGUCUUGGAAGGAAAAUAUAGACCAACCGCAGAACUCUGAACCACAACCUGGAUCUUCUGAUGCUCACAUAUCCAUAGAAGAUAUUGAAGCAAGACUGAAAGCUAAAAAAGAUAGCCCCGUUGACAUUAAAGCAAAAAUAGACCCUCAAUAUGAGUCUGUAACUCCACCGGAACUGAAUGUGUCACCUGACAUUCCAGCUAAUGAAACUAAAAACACUCUAUCUAAUACCAAUGUUGACACAAUUUCCUCAAUAGAUGAUGAAACUAAAAUUGGAACAGGUACUAACAUAACAGAACCUAAUAUUGAAACAAAAACUGAUGUAGAAAUGGCAACAGAAGAUACAGUACCUCAUGCAUUAGUUAUCCCAGAAAUAAAAGUUGAUGAUGCAGAAAUGAUUGAAAAGAAACUAAAUGAGCCCAAUAUAGAGCAGCUACAACAGAAAGUACCAGAAGAGGAAUCUGUCUCUACGGACAUAAAAACUUCUGAUAGUCAACCAAUUGAUGAAAGUAGUUCAGAUUCCACAAAAGAAGAAACUGAACCAAAGCUUAUAUCUGAAGUUUCCACUUCAAGUGAAGAAAGUUCUUCAUCUAGUGAUGUCACAGAUGGAAAUAGUAAUUCUCCUAAGACUGAUGAAGCUCAACCUGUUGAUAUUCAAGAGGAAACAAAUAUAACUGAUGUCACAAUAGAAAAAGUGAAUGUAGUGCAACCUGCAGAAAAUUCUUCCACUUCUGUAGAUAAUACAAUUCAAGAAACCCCAACUCAAUUAACUAUACAACCUGAUAAUUAUUCAAUUUCAGAUGUUAACUCUGAACUACCCCAACAUUCACCUAAAAAAGCCUCAGAUAAAAGUGUAGAAUCAACUCCAGACAAGGAAAAGGAAGAAGAAGAAAAAUCACCAGAUGUGGAAAAAGAUAUUACAGACAAAAUACAAGUUGAUGAAGUGACUGACAACACAGAAUCACAUGUGACAACUGAUAUUUCUGAAUCAUGAAUUUAGCCAUGUGAUGUCACAGUGGCAGUACUGAUAUUGUGUUAGCAAAACAUAACUUGUAGUUUUCAAUAUAAUCUAGAACUAUAUAUUGUGUCAAAAACUUUGGUCACACCAAAUGUACCUAUCCAGCCUAACAAUUGCUAGUAAAUAAAUAACUGAAAAAUUUGUACAUGUAUUAAUAUCA